CGAACACGUAUGCUACAGAGCCGCAUUUUUCCUUCGUAGCUUCAUUAGCCAGUUAGCAAGCCAACUGGACUAGUAGCUAUUUGGGACUUGUAGGAAGCACACAGCGGUGGCGGAGAAAGGGGACCUCAGCGCCGCUUCGAAAUGGCCGGACAACAGUUCCAGUACGACGACAGCGGCAACACAUUCUUCUACUUCCUAACGUCCUUCGUUGGACUUAUUGUUAUCCCAGCCACAUACUACCUCUGGCCGCGGGACCAGAAUGCGGAACAACUGCGGUUGAAAUCUUUGAGGCGGGUACAUGGACGAUGCCUUUGGUACCGCCUCCGGGUGAUGAAGUCACAGCAGAGCAUCAUCCCUACACUAAAAAAAGUGGUGUUGCUGCUGGGCUGGGCCGUCUUCCUCUUACUGGCAUAUAAAGUAUCUAAUCUAGAGCGGGAGUACCAGGAGUACAACCCCUUUGAGGUCCUGAAGCUGGACCCGAGUGCGACCAUGCCGGAGAUUAAGAAGCAGUACAGGGUGUUGUCUCUGAAACAUCACCCUGACAAAGGAGGAGAUGCAACCACAUUCAUGAUGAUCUCCAAAGCCUACGCGGCUUUAACUAAUGAUGAGGCGCGACGAAAUUGGAUAGAAUACGGGAACCCAGACGGCCCAAAAGCGUACUCCUUUGGUAUUGCUUUACCUGCCUGGAUUGUCGAUCAGAAGAACUCCAUGCUGGUGCUGCUUGUGUAUGGGCUGGCCUUCAUGGUGAUUCUGCCUGUUGUUGUGGGGACGUGGUGGUAUCGGUCCAUCCGUUACAGUGGAGAUCAGAUCCUUAUCAACACCACACAGCUUUUUAUGCACUUCAUGUACAAAACACCCAAUAUGAACAUGAAACGGUUAGAGAUGGUUCUCACCGCAGCGUUUGAGUUUGACCCUCGCAGCAACAAAGAAGCAGUCAGCAGACCCACAGACAAUAUUGAAGUCCCACAGAUGAUCCGCGAGCUGGGGAGUGUGAUAAACGUGAAGAAGAAGGAGCCUCCGUUCUGCUACCCGUACAGCCUGAAGGCCCGUGUGCUCAUGCUGGCCCAGCUGGCUCGCAUGGAGGUGUCCGAGGACAUUGAGGAAGACCAACGGUUUGUGGUGAGGAAGUGUCCUGCCCUGCUACAGGAGAUGAUCAACGUGGGCUGCCAGCUAACCAUGAUGGCCAACAGCAGAGGAGGUGUGCAUGCUCCUCGGCUGGUGUCCAUAGAGAACUGUAUGAAGCUGUCCCAGAUGGUCGUUCAGGGCUUACAAGAGGCCAAGUCCCCGCUGCUGCAGCUGCCUCACUUUGAGGAAGAGCACCUACGCUACUGCAUAUCCAAGAAGUAUAAGGUGCGCAGCCUGCAGGAUCUGGUCAGUAUGAAGGACUCUGAGCGCAGGAAUAUGCUCCGUUUCCUGGGCGAGGAGAAAUAUGACGAGGUCCUGUCUGUCCUGGGCAGCUUUCCUCACGUUACCAUGGAAACCAAACUCCAGGUUCUGGAUGAUGAGGACAGCAGUAACAUCACAGCAGGUUCCAUCGUUACGGUCACCGUAACCUUGACGAGGAAAAAGAUGUCGGAGGUGUUUGAGAAGGAGCAGUCCACACCGCAGAUGGCAUCAGAAGAGGCAUCUCAAGAGGAUGCAGGCGACGCCAGCAAAAACAAAAGUGUCAAAGUCUGGCAGAACAAGAACAAAAGCACAAAGAAAGCAGCCAAAUCCAAAAAGAGGAAGCCGGCACCCAAGAAGAAGCCUGCACCCCCUCACCAAGCUAAGGGGGACAAGCCCAAACAGGCCAAUGGGAACGUAGCAGGAAAUGAGGUGGCACUUGCGAAGGAGGAGGAGGAGGCGGGCUCAGACAAGGGGAGCGAAUCAGAUGAGGGCGAGGGCAACAAGGACUCAGGCAGCGAGAGGGAAGACGAGAGCGACAAGCAGAGCGACACUGAGGCUGACGAGAUCGCUGGCGAUGACGAAGAGGAGUGGGAGGCUCUGCAGCAGAGCAUCCAGAGGCGGGAGAGGGCCCUGCUGGAGACCAAGUCCAAGGUGACGCACCCGGUCUACAGCCUGUUCUUCCCCGAGGAGAAGCAGGAGUGGUGGUGGCUCUACAUCGCCGACCGCCGAGACCAAACACUCGUCUCCAUGCCCUACCACGUCUGCACCCUCAAAGACACAGAGGAGGUUGAGAUGAAGUUUCCGGCACCUUCUAAAACGGGAAAUUAUCAGUACUCCGUCAUUCUGAGAUCUGACUCCUACAUGGGCUUAGACCAGAUCAAACCACUCAAGUUGGAAGUUCACGAGGCAAAGGCCAUGGUGGACAACCACCCUCAGUGGGACAUCCCGGACACGGAGGAGGAGGAGGAGCCGGACGACAGCGACGGCAUCGAGGAGAGUGAAGAGGAGGAGGAGGACAAUGACUAAACAUACACACACACACGUGCGCACGCACACACACCCACACGCCCGCACACACAUCGAGGAGAAUGAAGAGGAGGACAAUGACUAAACAUACACACACUCACACACACGCCCACAUACAGACACACGCAAAGAUGUGUUCAGAGACGCAUGUCUUUGGAAGCGUACAGAACUAAUCCUGCCAUUAGUCACACACGUACACGCACACACACACAUAUACAUAUAUACACAUCAGACACACAUUGUGCGUCAAGGAUACAGACUGCUUUUGUAUAUUCACACAUUGGCUGACGCGCUCCAACCCAACUUACACACACACACGCACACAGAACCAAUACAAAAUGAACUCAAAAGCUCCCAUCAUGCUCUUCUGAAAGCCUGGAGUGUUCAUUCCUUCCUUCACAUCACAAAUCACCCCCAUCUCAGAUGCUCCCACCAUAACCCCAUCCCCCCCCCCCCCCCCCCCCCCCCCGCCCCAACACCAUCACUAUGGAGCCUCGGACACCACACACACACACACAUGCACACAACAUCUAAAAAACUAUUUGACCAAGGAACUGGACUUGUUUUGAUAAGAUACACAGCAAUGACCUCACAGCUAGACACUAACACACACACACACACUGACAGACAUGUCUCCAAUAAACACCUCAUCAGUAGCCCAGCUGGAGUCUCCGUUUGAGCCUUUGGGUGCAUAAACGAUGGCCAUUUCUGACCUUAAUUAGAGCUUUUCUCGUUCAAUCUAGUUCUGUGUGUGUGUGUGUGUGUGUGCGCUGGUGAAAGUUGUUUGGGGAAUAUGUUUGCUUGUAGAGCAUUUUCUCACUCACUUUUUCUCUCUCUCUUCUGUGUGUGUGUGGGGAGGGGGGAGGUUAAGAAUGCUGAGGCAAGCUCUGAGGGGACGUGGGUCGUUUGUGUGUUUGUGUGUGUGUGUGUGCGUGUGUGCGUGUGUGCUUCUGCAGACAUCUUUGUGCUUUUUAGUUGGUAAUGACCACCUAAUGACUGCAGUGGUUUAUAGUUAUGGUCAUUCAGAGUAGAUGGAUUCUCAUAAAUGAGUCCCUCUACGUGUGUGUGUGUGUUAGGGGGAUUAUAAAAGGCUCUCACUCUGCACAAAGCAUACUGUACGUAAGCUUUGUAUGUCGCAGACUUUGUCAACAUGGCCCUUACACAACUCUUUGUUUGUCUGUCAACACAACUCUUUGUUUGUCUGUCAACACAACUCUUUGUUUGUUUGUCAACACAACCCUUACACAACUUUGUUUGCUGUCCCACCACUUCACACAGUAGACCGCAUGGCUGGUCAGCGAAACCUUUGGAGCCCAGUCUGUAGUCCAUCAGGAUAAGUCCAAGGUGGACGGUCUGGCUGAGCAGUGGAGCUGAACUGUAGUGUAGAGUGGUUGGGAUGUAUCCGCUAAGCGCUUCUUCUCUUGGGGAAGCAGUGUGGUGUUAGCCAAAAGCCUGAUGAUGAUCAGUGAAUGUAGAGCGAAGCAGAGAGACGCUGGUGUCAGAGAUUUUCAUGACUUUUUUUGUUUCUUGUCGUUUUAGUCGUUUUUGUCUUUCAUCCGUGUUCUCUUUUCAUUUUGUUUCUCUUUCCAUUCAAUCUCUCGUUCACAUUCCAUAUCUUGUCCUCUUUCCCCCAAGCCUGAGGCCUUACUCUUCGUGUGUGUCGUGUGUAGCUGGGGAGCACAAUAUGGGAGUUUAUUUCCGUUAUCUCCAUCACUCACUCUGUCAGUUGUGUAGGGGUAUGUGUGUGUGGGUGUGUGUAUCUGAGCAAGAUCUUUGCCGUACCACACUUGUAGUAGUCAGUUGUUACAUUUGCACUGACCUGUCUAUUGCGAAUAAAAAUUGUCCCUAUAAACACUAUGAUUAGAACAAACUUAGAACUUUAACAUCUCAUCCACAGCUUAGGCAAUUAUGAUGGCUUCUACUAAGAUCUAAAACCAAGGUCCCAUAUGAGCAUCUGCACCAAAUAGAAUGAAAUUCUGCAUGUCACAUAACCUGGCUAUUCCGAUCAUGCCAUUCAAGCAGUUGGUCGGAGGUUUUUAGUCUAAAUUAUGUAAAUUUGACUGAGCAUAAAUUGUGCAUGUCACUUUGGACAAAAGUGACUGCCAAUUACCAUAGCCUUAAACAAGGCUAUUGUUGUUUGGCUUGCACUGUAUUGGAAAAACCUAGAGGUGUGUCUCUGUGUGUGUGUGUGUGUUUACACCAUGUAGGUAUUAUUAUACAGAACUGCAGAGUGAGGAAGAAGCACCUUCAUUUCUUCCCCAUGGAUGAUAGACUAGCUAAUUCAGCCCCAAAUGUGCUCACCUCUGCCCACUGGGUGUCUGAACCUUGACCCCUGGUGUUUACUUUCCAUGUACGUUUCCCCCAAUCUCUGACCUGACUGACCUGCAUAUCUCUUUCUUUGAUUGGUCCUAAUAGUUCCGUUUCAAGAGAGCCCUGUAGAGUGGAAAGGAAGACGUGUGCAGAGCCAAUAGGAAGCAGAGUUCCUCUCAUCAUGAUUUGACUGAGAAGUGAAUUUUCUUCUCCCAAUCCAAAUGAACCAAUCAUCUUUGUCCAAUUUUCUCUCAAGGUGGAGGCUGUACACUUCCAGAUUUUAGCCUGACCAUUUUUUUUCUCUUAAAUUCCUUCAUCUCCACAGGAGUUAUAAAAGUGGCCCUUUUUAAUGCCACUUGCACUCACCAUGUCAUGAGAAUCUUGAUCCAAUACACACACACACACAAGACAUUGAAUUGUAUCCCCCCGAUGUCUGAGACAGGACUAAACACAAAUGGCACGCUCCCAAGCUUGAAAGGACGUAAACAGACACUUUCAACUAAAUCACCAUUUCAUCCAAUAAAAUCUCAAAUCUUCUGUUUUUUUAUUUGUUUUUGUUUUUUUACCACUUCAAUCUUCUGGGAGGAAAGAAAUAUCCAGGAUCCUCUUGCUGAAUCCUACAGGCUUAUUGUAUGUAUUUUAUAGAUCUUUAUGGAGGAAAUACCUAAAAACAUUUUGGUAGAUGAAAACAAAACGUUAAACUCUUAGGUAGUUUUUUUGUUUUUGUUUGUUUAUCCUUUUCUUUCAUUUUUAGUGUAACGCUUUCUGUAAAGGAGCGGAAGGUUCUAAUCCGGCUGCGUAUUAUCACAGUAUGUUCCACACACACUCACAUUCAGCACACAGGUCUACACACAGGGUUUGUCCUGGCUGGAUAUUAUAGUGUUAUCGGUUCAAAAAAGAAUGUAGCAUCAUCUUCUACAAGGAACUACAAGCUACACAAUAGUCCCCGGAAUACCAGUGGAAAGAAACCCUGCUGCAACCUUAGCUUUCAUACACACACACACACACA